AUGCAGAAAAACCACACCAUCAUUCUUGUCAUUGCUCUAAUCGUCUUGUUCAGCAUCAUCUUCAGCUACCUUCUCUACAAAUGCUGCGCCCGCGCCAUCAAGGCGCAGGCCUGGGAGAUGGAAUUCGGGAGGGAUGAUGAGACGCCGACGAAUGGGUCUGCGACCGCUCUCGCUAUAGUAUAUGUCCACCAGCAGUGUCUACAGUUAGAUCACUGGUUCCACCUCGUCAGUCCAUGGAAAAGUGCAGCAACAUGCUGUGAUACAGAAAAAUACCUGGUUUGCGAGACUUGUUUGAGGAGUAGAGGGCGAUCAGCUAUGCGUGGGAAGAGUCGCGAGAGGUCUAGGAAGCGCUACCGAAGCAGAGAUGAUGGAAGCCGUCGCGUCAGACAAGUGGAAACGGGGUGGGCUGCACAGCCGAAGAUGGAGAGACCGAAGCGGCUUUUGCAGAUGGAAGCGCCUGUGCAGAAUCAAUGGUUCGGCCAGCCACAGUAUCAUCAGACGCUUUGGCAAGGGCAAAUGCCUGUUCCGACCCAGGUGGCUUUUCCCACCCAAAUGCCUAUUCCGAUCCAGACGGCUUUUCCAACCCAAAUGCCAUACCCACAACCAGUUGCUGGCCACCAACAAACGAGAAGCGAAGUUGUCUCUGAUUCGAAAAGGUCAAAUCAUGCUACUGUAGUCCAAGAGGACAAGCCAGCACCUCGUCGGAAACGUAAUCGGGGACCUGACAAAGUCGACUACGUCCACAUCUGUGAUGAACUACCAUCAUUUGUACUCAAGAGCCUCAAGAAGUCACCUACAGCAUCCUCAUUGACAUCAUCUUCGUCGAGUUCCAGUGGCGAUUCGGGCACUACACAGGAAAUACCACGCAACUCGAUACCGCGCGCUGGCCUGCAAGCUACUCAAGGGAUACCGUUUCAAUAUCCAGAGUAA